AUGCAACAUGUAAUUGAGCUUUUGUUAACUGUACUCCGUGUCAUGACAUUCGGUGUCUGGGUUCUCCUGAUCACUGCACUCAGCCACGCUCCUCACGGUUCAGCAAGGACAGGUACGAUACAUCCGCUGGCGAAUGCUUGCAAGUUACUUCCACCCGUGUUCCAGGUGAAGAGAAGAAUUGACAAAGUGUUGCAAGAGCUUCCAAGUACAGAUUCACUCCAUUUACCGGAGCAGAACGACCGUCUUGGACUAGAGUUCAGGACUCCCUUCGCUGAUCUUCGCACGGAUCACAAGUGUUUGGAAGAUCGGGACUUCCUACAGCAUGGACUGAUGGCAGAUUCCUUUGGCGGAAAGUUGCGUCACGCAAAUGCAGUGAUUUCAUCACAGGAACUCCAGAACCGUCCUCUGUCUUCAUCCGCCUCAAGCAGCAUAUGGAGCCAGUCGGUCUUCUCACUUGCGACACUGGGCAAGCUGUUUGAGUCCCCUAGGAGAAAGGAAUAUCCACAUUCCCCAUUGAAGAAAGGAUACUCAGCAAGGAGUCCAAAAUCUUCAACUACCAAUGUAACUUUUCAGAAAUGUGCCGAGGUGAAUGGAAGAACAUUGACUGUAAGACUGAUCAUAAGCAAUUUGGAUGUUCAGUCUGCAUCUAAGUUCUCUCAGCUGACUAUCCAGGAUUCUAUUAGUGUUCUCAGCAUUCUGAGUAAUGUUGGAAAUGAUACUGAAAUGGGGUUCCAGACAUACUCCAAAGAAUCUCUCCAAGCAGGUGAACGCUACAUAAUAAGCUAUACCGCAGUAUUAAAGGCUGGUGAGCCAGAGGAAGACAAGAAUAUUUCAUUACCAGCUUACCUCACCAUCGGUAAUAGAACACAGGGUAGUCAAGUACAGCCUGGACCCCUUAAGGCAGAUUUCAUAUUGAUGAUGAAAGCAGCUGCUCGGGUUUCUCCAGAUCAUGGCAUCCACUUUGCUGCAUUUAUUAUUGCGUUCAUUGUUUCUUUUGUCCUGGUGUGUUUAAUUCUCAUCACCAUUUUCCAUGUCAGAAGGAUAACUGGCAGGAAUCUUCUCCUCCAGCUGGUAAGAAGAGAACGCUCAAAUGCUAGUUUCUCAGUAACUGAUGAUGGAGCAGAAUGUUUGAAAGAAAACAUUAUACAUCAGGACAGAGUGAUUGACAUUCUGCUACUUGAAGACCCAGAAAACAUGACUCGUGCCUUGGAUGACUUGCAUAUAUUGAGUGCAGUACGAUUGGAUUCUCUUCUUGAAUACCAUCGGAAAAAAAUGAACUUGAAUGCAGUUCUGUUGUUGCUGAAGAAGUUCAAGCACAGCAAAGACCUUUCACCACUUUUAGAGGAAAGAUUCAACGUGGUUUUCAGAGAACAGUUUGAAGCGGUGGAGAGCAGGCUGAAUACAGAGCUUAAAGAGAUGUUAGCCAUAUUAGCAGCUGAAAGUGUCCAAGAGGUCAGACAUAAAAUGGAAGCUCUUUAUAGGAAACAGGAAGAAGAGGACAAAGAAGCUGAGCUGCUCAUGCAGAAUGUGGAUGAUGAGAUUGCCUCUCAGUGGAGGAAGGAUCUGGAAAAAUUGCACAUGUUGGAGCAGCAGCAUUUGAAGUCUUUGCUCUCGGUGACACAUGAAGAAGCUUCUGCACAAGCCCAAAGGGAAGUGAUGGUACGCCUGAGGCAGGAAUUCCAGAAAAAUAUUUAUGAGCGUCUGAAGGAGGUCAUCAGGCUGGAGGAAUUAGAUCCAACUUCAAGCAGACAAAUUAUGCAAGAAAGUUGGCACAUUCAGUUUCAGCUGGAGAUGCUGAUGGACCAACAGCUGGCAUUCCAGAGAAGACUGCUUGAGGAGAGUCUCGCUAUUAAGAGAGAUCUAGUGAAAAGAAUACAACGCAGUGUUGACAACAGAAGGUACCUGCUGAACACAGCCACUCUGCACGUUGCCGACUUCAUCAGACUAGUGAAAAAUGCUGGGUAUUUGACCGAAGGUCAAGUGAAGUCACUGUUGGAGAUGGUGCACCAAGAAAUUCUGCUUGUGAAGCUCAGGCUGGAUGAGGUCAUGAAUCAAGAGAAAAAUCGAAUGCACAGCAAGCUGGUCAGUGAGAGAAGGAAGCACAUUGUCAGAAAAAUUGGUGAACAUGAACAACAAGGAAAGGAGCUGGCAUCUCUUCUCACUAUCUCUGGUGAAAGAAGACCCUGUUAUAACAAAUAUCUCAUGGAUUGGCAUGAACUAUUAAAGAAACAAGCCACAGAAUUAGGAGAAUUGGUAGGGAAGUUGGACAAAGAUGCAUUCGACCAACUGAUAAUGCUCGGGGAACAACUAACCAAAGAUGCUUUACUGAGAAUUAAAAAAAUCCACUCUGAACUUGUCCAGGAAUUGCUCAAACUUGGAGUCUCAAAUGACUACUUAAAACAAAUGGCAGACAAUCAGGACAAGGAAACAAAUCUUCUGCAUGAAAAGCAAAUGAAACAAGAGGAAAAGAAAAAUCAUAAUGCUGAUGAAUCUCUGGAAAAGUUUCGGGAGGAAUUAUCCAAUCAACUUCAUUCAGAGAUUGAAGAACAGAAAUUCUUAAGGCUUCAGAAGCAUUCAACCUGGCAAAACUUAAUGAAGAGCGCCCUAGUCCUAUCGGAGGAGGAAAUUCAGCAAAUGACACAGAGCUUUCUUGCUGCUUUCUGUCAAAUGGAUCAGAGCCUGGCUCUCCCUAAGCUGUGUGAGAGGUGCAUUCUUCAAACCCAUGUGACUGACCAGAGGAAGGCAAAGAUGGAAAAGCUGGAGUUACGGUGGAGAAAACAGGACAAAUUAAAGGCCAGUGAGUAUGGACGUGAUGAUGAGGCGAAGGUGGUGGUAAUGCAGGAGCGUACAAGACGUAAAUUGAAACUGUAUGAUGAAGAAGCAGAAAGCGCUGCAAUCAAUAAGGUUUGUGCUAAGAUGUUUCAUCAGAGAGCUAAUCAGAUGAAGGUUCUGGAAGAAAAUUUAGGAGUCUGCAUGGCCUCAGUUCAGCUCCGCCGAGCUGAAAGGCGAGUGAGAGCCCUGGAGAUUCACACUGCAACCUGCAACCUGCAAACACAGCUCUUGGAAGAAAUGGCCAAGGCGGGGUUACAGUGCGAAGCAGCGUGCACUGAAGUUGUUCAGGAGCACAUUUCUGAUCUAAAGCAACUUAUCUGCUUGCAUUCAGAUAAGCUACAGAACGAACUUCGUGCUGGGAGUGAACAAACUGAAUGGAACAGCUGGGUUGAGAUGCAGAGCAACCCUCUCACUGAAAACGAUACAGCAGAGUGCAGUAAUCAGAUGUUAAUCUGCCUAUACCAGGCAAUGUCCAAGUGUAAAGACACUGUAGAUGCAGAGUCUCAAAGAUUAGGAAAUGAAGAUAGAAAUAGUCAAUUACUAGAAGAUGUCAAAGGACAGCUAGUGGCGAAGACACUGCUGAGUCUCCAAGAUCAGGAGAUGAAGCUGGCUGCUUAUCUAAUACAGCAACUGGGUAUACCAGUGGGUGUCUGUCAAGCCGUGCUAAAUCUGCUUCUUCCCAAUGCCAUCCAGGAAGAAUUAGUUCUGUUUGUAAAUAGGAUCUAUCCUGAGGGAAACGUUAGCAGUGGGAUGAACAAGGAUAAAAUGGAUGAGAAGAGAAAGAGGAAACUUUGGGAAUCAUUAGAGCUGAAGCUGAGGAGCAAACUCAUUGGUGAAAACCUGGGGAACGUGAAUGUUCUGUGCAGCAGGAGCGGAAGCAUAUUGAAGAAAAAGCAUCUGCAGCUCUUGAAACAGGUGUCUUUUUCUCAAAGCCAUGGUUCUCCUGAAAUCUGCCCUGAUGACGAUACUGAACCAAUUAAUGAAAGGGCAGGACAAAUGUUAAAGCUGGCAGAUACAGGAGAGAAAGUAUUUGUGUUCCGGAUCAGGAAAGAAGACACUUGUUCCUCAGACCUUCCAUCAAGGAAGAAAAAACGUAACUUCUUAAAUUUUAAAAGAUCAGCUGUGGCAAAUUUGGAUGGACUUUAAAUUACUUAAUUCAAGAUAAUCAUUACUUUGGAACCUAUAUUUAAACUAAUGAACCAUCUAACUUCUAUGAUACUGAAGCAGUGUUUAAAGUAGUUUAACAAUGAUGCAGGUAUAUUUGCAUAAUCUGGUUUGUAAUACAGACAUGGGUAUUUUGAUCAUUUCUUUGCACUUACCUCCCAUCUCCCAAGCCAUUAAACUCCUAUGCUUGGC